AUGCUGGACUUUCAGCCGGGCUUGCUCGCAUCCGCGCACGGCGUUGGUUUCCUGGCCCCGCCGAUGAUGACGCUGGAUGCACCCAAGCCGAUUUCCAGCGCACUGCAGCGACCUGAACCAGCCAUGCUGCCGUUCGGCCAGUCGACGCUCCAUUAUGCCGGCUGCGGCUGUCCGCCAGGGUGGCGCGAGCGCCAAGGCCGACGGCCGGCCGACGCCGCCGAUGCCCUCGUCGCGCGCGCGCACGAUGCAGUCGCCCGCGGCCUACUUGCGCCCAGCCGGCCCCUGCGCAUCGCCUACGUUCUGCCGCACCACAAUGUGACCGGCGGAAUGAAAAUGCUGCUUGAGCACAUAGCGCUGCUGCGCGCGCGCGGCCACUUCACCAUCGCCGUCCACCGCUCCGACGCGGCGCGCAGCGCCAUGCCGCCAUGGACGGCCGUGGUCCCGCACGCAGACGUGCUGUGCCGCAUGCACCAGCGGCUGGCGGACGUGUACCCUGUCUCUGACAUCGACGUCGUGGUGGUCGGGAUUUACCAUCAGGUGGCAGAGAUGCUGGUGGGCGUGGCGGCGCCGGUGCUGUAUUGGGAGCAGGGGCACGAGUGGCUGUUUGGCGACCCUGUGCGCUUCCAGGUCGCCCAAAACUACUUGAAGCAGGACAUGCUGUUCCACAUGGUGAUGCACCUGCCGUGCGCCAUGGCCGGCGUGUCCAGCGCGGUGCAGGACAUCCUGGGGUCAGAGUUUGGACGCAGGGCGCUGCUGCUGCCCAACGCCAUUGACUGCGAGCGCUUCAGCCCGGGCCGGCGGGAGCCGGAGGCGCCGGAGGCGCGCACGGUGUCGCUGCAAGGACGCCUCACUGCCGUCCAGCCGCGCACGGUGCUGCUCGUUGGCAACCCCACCCUCCCUUUGAAGGGGUUCCCCACGGCCAUCGCCGCGCUGUCCGCCGCCGCGCGCGUCCUGCCGCUGCACAUCCGGUGGGUCUGCCAGCAGCGGCCGCUCGACGCUCUCGUCCCAAACCUGGCGGGCAGCGACCUGGACAUUGAGUAUGUGGUGGCACCCGGGCAGGACGAGCUGCCGCGGCUGUACCGCGGCCAUGACGCUUUCAUGUUCACAAGCAGAUACGAGGCCUGGGGCAUGCCUGUCCUCGAGGCCAUGGCGUCUGGCGUGCCUGUCGUCACCACAGACUGCCUGGGGGUGCGCAGCUUUUGCCAGCACGGCGUCAACUGCCUCAUUGCAGAGCCCGACGACGCGAUGGGCCUGGCACGCAACCUACUGUCGCUGUUGGCGGACGACGUGCUCAGCGCCCGCCUUCGUGCCGCAGGCCGCGAGACCGCGCUUCGGCACACGCCAACCGCGACGGCGCGGGCCCUGGAGGAAAUCUUGUACGCGCUCACGGCCUGUGGCAGCGAGCUGCUGCACCUGCGACAGGGCGCAGCGGCGGAGCUGCAGCUGGCGUGCACGUGGGCAUCGUAUGCGUGCACGCGACCGCAGCAGCAGCAGCAGCAGCAGGAGCAGCAGCAGCAGCAGCAGCAGCAGGAGCAGCAGGCGGCGGCGGCGGCGGCCUCUGCUGCCGCCGCGGCACAGCAGGCGCUAGCAGUGGCAUUGGCAGAGGCGCAGCACACACAGCUGCAGCAGCACCAGGGGCUUUUGCAGCAACAGCAGCAGCAGCAACAGCAGCAGCAGCAGCAGCAGCAACAGCAGCAGCAGCAGCAACAGCAGCAGCAGCAGCAGCAGCAGCAGCAAUGGAUAUCGCACCAGGAGCAGGCUGCUGCAGAGCUGACAGCGCUGCUGGGGAUGGCUGGCUUCCCGCAGCAGCCACAGCUGCUGCUUCAGCUCCCGGGUCUGUGA